AUGGUUAAUAUCUUUGGUCGCAUUCGCCGUGUUCCUGCCGUAGCGAAGACCACGACACCGAUGCCAGUAGCGUCCACAAUUUCGAGGCCAAAAUCUUCGAGUCAAACAAGUAAGAACCAGGAGAGAUGGCUCAGCUCCAGUAGUACGGAAGAUACAAGCCCGUACCGUUAUUCCUCUGGGAGAUGGCUGCACAAGGAACGCGACCGAUUCGCAACGCGAAACCUGCAGUUUGAUUUUCAGGAACUCCUCAAGGUUGCCAUCAGUACUAGACCCAGUGCAAGUUCCGUAACGCGUUUCGAAAAGCUAGAAGGAGGCUUUAAUCGAGCGUUCAUUUUACAUCUUGAUGACGACACAAAGCUCGUGGCACGAGUUCCCUUUCAGCAUGCAGGCGCUCCAAGGUUGAGAACAAGUUCAGAAGUCGCAACCAUUUCCCAUGUUCAGAGGAAAACGAACAUUCCAGUUCCAUCUAUUUUGGCGUGGAGUGAUGACCCGACCAAUGCGGUGGGCUCGGAAUACAUUAUCAUGGAAUACGUGUCUGGUGUGCAGCUGCAUAGCCAUUGGCCAAAAUUAAACGGCAGACAGCAUCUUGACAUCAUCCGUAAGCUCGUAAAAUACAUGCAAGAACUAUCGAAAUUGUCGUUUCCUGCAUUCGGAAGCCUCUACUUCAACAAUGCGUCACUAGCAGGUCACGAAAAGGUCGACAUUUGUGAUGGCUUUGUCAUUGGUCCAAAUUGUCACCCAGAGUACUGGUCGCUUGCUCCCGACAGCUUGAGAAACUAUCAACGGAGACAACCAAACCACGGCCCUUGGAGUGAUUUUGCCAUGUACACACAAGGGCUUCUAGACAAUGGUUAUUCACGCCUACCGGAAUCAAUGCCAAAUUCACUGCCAGAGUACCAUGGAUCCAUCCCAGAUCAUAUCCAAUUAUUAGAAGCCUGUGAAAAAGUCGUCGACAAAUUUACCAACGUUCCGCGAAUUCGAAAUAUCUCAGAACCUCUUCUUCUUCAUCCAGAUCUUCACAAACGAAACGUCUUCAUCUCCGAAUCAACUCUUGAAAUUACUGGGCUCAUCGAUUGGCAAUUCACGGCUAUCAAUCCGACAUUCACCUAUGCCCAGGAUGCACCCGACUUUUUGUUUCUCUACGAUCACAUCGACAAUCUUGUCACCAAAGAACUGGGUAAAAAUGCCGAUGUCACAGCAAGGGAAGAACGGACGAAGAAGAUAUUAGAACGAGUCGACCUGUACCAGAAAAUGUACACAACAUGUCUUCGCGGCUGGAUACCAAAAUUGUGGCAAGCCCGGCAAACAAAUGAGACGCUGCUCCGGAUUUUCCAAUACUGCGGCACCUCGUGGCGGGACAGCGCGCCAGCACUCCGGCAAGAACUCAUCGAGCUCUCGCGCGAGUGGGAAACACUUGGACUACCAGGCCACUGUCCAUAUCAGCCCAGCGCUGACGAUCUGGACCGCCAUGCUGCCCAAUAUGCCGACUUUGAGCAUGUCAUGGAUGCGAAACAUGUACUGAUGGAGACUAUUCGAUGCGAUGCGGAUGGAUGGGUCAAUAACGAUGCUUAUGAUUUGGCGAAAGAGUUGUGUCAUGACGUGUAUUUGAAGUACCUCGAGACGGUGAAAGAGGAUGACAGUUUGAGCAUGUCUGAGGAGAAGGCGGUGGGGUUAUGGCCAUUUGAUGCUAGGUAG